AUGCAUGAAGUAAUUACCAUUUCAUUAGGUCAGCGAGCUAAUCAUACAGCAACUCAAUUUUUUAAUUGUCAACAAGAACUUCUGAGUGAGCAAGGAGAAAGGCUGAAUGAUCCAUCAAUUUUUUUGAACCCCACGAUAGACAAGCUCUCAAAAACCGUUUCAUAUGCACCACGGUCAUUGAUAUGGGAUGCCAAGAAUGGAACCGGUUCUCUAGGGACUUAUCAAUACUCGCACACGAGAGACUAUUACUUUGGUCAAGAUAAUGAAAGUGAUGAGAACCAUAAUGUGAUAAUGACACAUCCAGCUAUUCCAAAGUCGCAGUACCAACAAGCUCUGGAUAGCGGUUCAUUCCCAUUGCCUAAACUUACAACCGAGAAUACAAAAUACUGGUCAGACUAUUCUAAACUAGUAUAUUCACCCAGAAGUUUUAAUAUCUUAAAGGACUGGUACCAUGAUGUUUGUAAUCCUAACAAGCCUGAUUUCGAAAAACUUGAAACCAAAAAAUUUGAUAACUUCGAUGUUGGCUAUCAGGAAUUUAACGAGAGUUAUCUGACGGAUUUCUUUGAUGGAAAUUUUCAUUCUGAACUGGAACAAUGUGAUACUCUGCAGGGGUUCAACUUAAUAAUGGAUAUGGACUCUGGUUGGGGAGGUUUCACCACAGCACUAGUGCAAGAAUUGAGAAAUGAACUUCCGAAGAAAACGUUCUUCAAUUGGGGUUACAAUGAAAAUGAUCCAUUGACUGCAAAGCAUACAAAGUUUCAAGAGGCUCGUUUUUCAAGAUCAACGCUCCCUCUUGUUGAGAAUAAAAUAAAAGCCAUGGCAUACAUGUCUGAAGACUGCGAUCUUAUGGUACCGUUAUAUGCCGAUUCCAAACUCUCCAACUGGGAACAAGGAGGCUUGACUUGUAAAUAUAUCGAUGCGAUUUCAUCAGUUUUGUCUUUAUCUCAUAACGCGGACAGAAAAUCCAUGGAUUUUGUUAAAGAUUGUUUUACAUUUGGAGAUACCUCGAAAUGCUUUGUUUCUUCAUUCAUGGAUGAAAACGAAACUGAUGAUUCGUAUUUUGCAAGGAUAAUGCCAUUUAGAAAUCAUCCAAAGGAUUCUAAUGAGCAGCACGUUUUUUCUGAAUGUUCUAUUAUCAGAGGAAUUGUCGGCUCUGAUCUCGAAUCUUCAAAGAGCAAGAAAUUAUUGAGGACCUAUCCUUAUCAUCCAUCAGACACGAUACCGCGAGAACUUAGUGAGAGAAAGAGUUUUUCAUUGAAAUAUAAAACUACUGAAAUUUGCAGAAACGUUUUCACGCAUUAUCAUGAAAUAGUUACUAAAUACAUCAGAAACACUAGCGACAGAGAAGAACUGAAGGACCGUCUUGCCACAUUGGCAUCUCAGUAUGAAUACGGGUGGUAUGACGAUGAGGAUUCUUCAGAUGAUUUGUAG